AUGGAAUUUAUCACUGCUCCUCGACCAGAAAAAAUCAAGCGUAGAACCCUGAAUGCUCUUAAACUGCGUGAGGCAAUUUUGGUCGCCUCUGAUUUAGACUUUAGUGAGGAGAAAAUCGAUUCAAUUAUCAGUCGUCUCACUGAUCGUCAAGUCAUAAGGGGCAAUAUGGCACAUUUAAAACAAGAAGAAGUAGCUUUUCUAGCCCAUUAUACGACGUCAUUGCUGAUGAAGGAUCCUGUUUGCUUAGACAUAAAGCUGAACCGACCCAUUUACAUUGUUGGUGAUCUGUAUGGUCAACACGGGAAACUUGUUCAGAUAUUUGAGGCUUUGGGUCACCCGUCGAAACAAAGAUAUCUUUUUUUGGGGAACUAUGUCAAUCGUGGCUCACGAUCAUUGGAGUUGGUUUCUUUGCUUUUCGCUUACAAACUUCGCUAUCCGGAAAACGUACUUUUGCUUCGGGGAAAUCAUGAAUGUCAUUAUAUCUCUUAUUACUACGGAUUUUCUCAUGAGUGCCGCAAACGUUUCACACAGACAUUAUGGAAAACAAUUAUGAAUGCUUUCAACUGCCUUCCGGUAGCUGCCAUAAUCGAAGAUGCCAUACUGUGUGUACAUAGUGGACUAAUCAAAGAUAACCCUCUGCUAUCACUGCGCAGUCAGGCUAAGUUUCGGGAGUUUCUGACAGAGGCUAUUGAGAGGCCAACGACCAUAUCAAGUAAUCCAUAUCUUGAACAACUGGUCUGGUCCGAACCCGUGUACGAUUCACGUGGUUGGUACAUAAAUCCAGCCGGCAAAGGAUAUUUUUUCGGAGAACCGGAAGUGAUUGAUUUCUGCGAACAUUGCGGGUUUCAGCAAGUCAUCCGUUCUAAUGAACUGAUCCGAAACGGGUACGAGUUUGCAGCUGGCGGUAAAUUGCUUACCAUUUGUUCUGUGCCCUUUUUGGCGCGUGGAAUACGUAACGCAGGUGCAGUAGUUAGUCUAACGGGACAACUUUGUGAAAAAACGAUCAUCGGAAGAAUAGUACUGCUCCAACAGGAAUUCUUACUGCGCACUGGUCGGCCAAAUAUUGCCCAGCUCAUUUUUCGCGACUCCUUGGGUGGACCGGUGGUUGAGCACGACGAGAAACACAUGAAGGAUGAGGAAGAGGACGAGAACGAGGAGGAGGAGGUGGAGGAGAGUGAUAGACCCGAGGAAGUAACAGUUGGGUCUAAAGGAGUAAAUGCAGCAGAUGAAUUGUCCACUCAUACGAUCACAUUGGGCAUCGACUAUGCUGAUUUGAAUUCUCAAGACACGUUUGAAUACUUUCAGUCCAGUGUGAAAAGUUUUCCUCUUACACCAAUCAAGCGGUUCACUAUUAGAGCUUCAAAUGAUUUUGUCCAUCGAUGA